AUGGCGAUGAGGAGUGCCCCUGAGAAUGAUGACACUUCAAGGUAUUGUGCUGCGUAUGAGCACCUCAUAUCAUCCGCAAACGGAUGGACAAACGGAAGUGCUACAGGUUCCACCCCUUUUGAGAUGUUCUAUGGUCGUCCUCCACCCUCCAUUAUCCAAUACCUCCCUAGUGAGACUCAAGUAGAUUCGGUUGCUGCUGUUUUGAGUGAUCGAGAUGAGGCACUCCGACAAUUGAAAUUCCAUCUCCAUCGGGCUCAGCAAACCAUGAAGAAGAAUGCUGACAAGCAUCGCCGACAACUUGAAUUUAGUGUGGGUGAUUGGGUAUAUGUUAAGCUACGCCCUCAUCGCCAACUCUCAGUAGCUCGUCGCAUCAAUCCCAAGUUGUCUCCUCGUUACUAUGGGCCAUUUCAAAUUCUGUCUAAGGUGGGAGUCGUAGCUUACAAGUUGCAGCUUCCAAAUACAGCUCAAAUUCACCCGGUUUUCCAUGUGUCCCAACUGAAACGUUCUGUUACUAAGGGAUCCUCUUUAUCUGCCAUGCCCUCUGGUCUCAUUUCUGCCGAGGAGGACUUUCCAGCACCAGAGACAGUGUUGGCAGUACGAGAAGGCAAGGAUUCCUCUUGUUCUGCAGAAUGGCUCGUCCUUUGGAAGUCACAACCUGUUGAGGAGGCCACUUGGGAGUCUGCUGCUGACAUUCGCGCCAAAUUUCUGGAUUUUAGCCUUGAGGACAAGGCUAGUUUUGUGGGACACGGUUCACCUUCUAAACAAAAAGAACUUGUACACUCUACUUUUGAGUUUGAGCAAUCUACUCCUAUAAGUUCUACCCUUCUCGUGAUCUCUAUUGAUGUUGAGCCUGAUGUCUCAACAAGUGUACCACCUGAUGCUAUUGCUAAAUCAACCUUUGUUGAUUCUUUUGAAGUUUCCCCCAUUACACCAAAAUCUACUUUUGAAGAAAAUGAAUCAUCUUCAAAAGACAUUCUUUCAUACGUGUUAGCCCCUCAAAUUCCUACCGCUACUACUUUUCAUGGUGAUCACAUUGAUGAGCCAAUGGUUGAGAAGCCCCCUUAG